AUGAAUGCCGAAGCCGUUCGGGCUCGCAUCGUCGCCACCCUCUCUCCCGAUGCGAACGUGCGAAGAGCCGCCGAGAUUGACCUCAAGCAGGCCGAGGGGCAUCCCGGCUUCACCGAUGUUCUGCUCGACGUCCUAAGCGCGGAGCCCGAAGAUGCCGUCCGACUUUCGACCGUUAUCUAUCUUAAGAACCGUACAAAUCGAGGCUGGUCGAGAAGCGACCAUUACCCCGACGAUCCCCUGAUAGCCGAAGAUGAAAAGCAACGCUUCCGCGACCGCAUCCUCCCCAUCCUCGCCGCUUCUCGCGGCCCCGUCCGACAGCAGUUGUUACAGCUGAUCCAGCGCAUCCUACACUUCGACUUCCCAGGGAAAUGGCCCAGUUUCAUGGAUGUCACGUUGCAGCUGCUCCAUUCGAAUGAUGCCCCCUCUGUUCUCGCGGGUCUGCAGUGCCUGCUGGUCACCUGCCGUGCCUACCGAUUCAAGGGUGCCCAGGACAACAGUCGGGCGGAGUUCGACAAGAUUAUCGAAGCCAGCUUUCCCAGGCUGCAGCAGAUCUGCAACGAAUUGGUCAACCAGCAGAGCGACGAGGCCGGCGAGAUGCUGCAUAUCGCCCUGAAAGCCUACAAGCACGCCACCUGGCUCGAACUCUCGAGUUUUCUGAGACGGCACGACGUAAAUAUCGGGUGGUGUACCAUUUUCCUGCACACCGUAUCUAAAUCGAUACCCCCGUCGGCCAUGGCCGAAGACAUAGAGGAGAGAGAACGUCAUCACUGGUGGAAGGCCAAGAAGUGGGCCUAUUUCAACCUCAACAGACUGUGGAUCAGGCACGGAAACCUCCAGGCCGUCACCACUAAGAAUAACGAAACGACUAGAUAUGCGAAGGAAUUCGAGAACACGAUCGCGCCCGAGGUCCUGAAGCACUACCUACAAGAGAUCGAAAAGUGGGUCUCCAAGACGGCCUGGCUGAGCAAGCCGUGUCUCUCGUACACGCUCGUUUUCCUCGACGAGUGUUGUCGUCCAAAGUCCAUGUGGGCUUUGAUGUACCCCCACCUGACGAACCUCGUGACCCAUCUCGUCUUUCCCGUAAUGUGCCUGAGCAGCGAGGACGUCCAAAAGUUCGAGGACGAGCCGGAGGAGUACCUGCACCGAAAACUGAAUUUCUACGAGGAGGUUUCUGCCCCCGAUGUCGCCGCCACGAAUUUCCUCGUCACCUUAACGAAGUCCCGCAGGAAGCAGACGUUCGAGAUCUUACAGUUCGUUAAUAGGGUGGUUACCGAGUACGAGCAGGCGGCCGACGACAAGAAAAACCACAUUGCGAAGGAGGGCGCGCUAAGGAUGAUAGGAACACUGGCGCCGGUCCUCCUCGGCAAGAAGAGCCCAGUUGCCGACCAGAUCGAAUAUUUCCUAGUUCGUUACGUCUUCCCCGAUUUCAAGAGCCCCCUAGGAUACCUUCGGGCCCGAGCUUGCGAUACCAUCGAGAAGUUCGAGCAGCUCAACUUCAAUGACCAAAACAACCUUCUCAUCGUCUACCGGCAUAUCCUGGAUUGCAUGGCCGAUACCGACCUACCCGUUCGCGUCACGGCGGCGCUGGCCUUGCAGCCCCUAAUUCGGCACGACGCCAUCCGCAUUAGCAUGCAGCAGAGCAUACCUACGAUCAUGCAGCAGCUACUGAAGUUGGCGAACGAAUGCGAUAUCGACGCUCUCGCUAACGUGAUGGAGGAUUUUGUCGAGGUGUUCGCCACCGAGCUCACCCCCUUCGCCGUGGCUCUGAGCGAGCAGCUCAGGGAGACGUACUUGAGGAUCAUUCGUGAGCUCCUCGACAAGAACGACGCACGGAACGGUGAUGACGAUUUCGGCGACUAUCUGGACGAUAAGAGCAUAACUGCUCUCGGCGUCUUGCAGACGAUCGGUACCCUUAUCCUAACCUUGGAGAACACGCCGGAUGUGCUGUUGCACAUCGAAGCAGUCCUGAUGCCUGUCAUCCAAGUCACGCUUGAGAAUAAGUUAUACGAUCUCUAUAACGAAGUGUUCGAAAUUAUCGACAGCUGCACGUUUGCCGCUAAGAGCAUCUCGGUUACGAUGUGGCAGGCCUUCGAGCUUAUCCACGCCACGUUUAAAUCUGGCGCCGAGCUUUACCUCGAGGACAUGCUCCCCGCGCUUGAUAACUUUGUGCAAUACGGCGCCGGCCAUCUCAUCCAGAAGCCCGAGUACGUUCAGGCACUCUACGGAAUGGUCGAAGAUAUGUUCCAGGACUCAAAGGUGAGCGGGGUCGACCGCAUCUGCGCGUGCAAGCUGGCCGAGGCUAUGAUGCUGAGCCUGCGCGGCAAUAUCGACCAAUCGGUUACCGGGUUCAUCACCAUGGCCAUGAUAGUGCUGAGCGGCCACGAUGCCAAAGUCAAGUCGUAUAAAAUUCACUUGAUGGAAAUGGUGAUAAACGCCAUCUACUACAACCCGGUCCUGACGCUGGCCGUCCUGGAGGGUAAAGGUUGGACAAACAAGUUCUUCAGCCUCUGGUUCGGCAAUAUGGACCACUUUAGCAGAGUACACGACAAGAAGCUCUGCAUCGUAGCCAUAGUUUCCCUAUUGAAUCUUAACGCGGACCAGAUUCCUGCCAGCGUUAGCACGGGGUGGCCAAGGCUGCUGCAAGGGAUUACGGGUCUCUUCAAGACCCUGCCCAACGCUUUGAAGAACCGCGAACAGGCUCUCAAGGAGGAUUUCGCGUACGAUUCUAACAAUUACGACUACGAGGACGAGGACGAGUGGGCCGAUGAGGACACCAACUGGAACGCCGAGGAAGGGGCCGAAGCGGAACAGGUAGACGCUAGGGACGAGAGCACCGCGUAUCUCGAGUUCCUGAACGAAGAGGCGGCGAAGUUCACCCAGAUUGAAAACCAGUACAAGGAGCAGGGCGAAGAAUCGGACGAGGAGCUCGGGGAGGAUAGCGUCUUGCUCGAAUCGCCUCUAGACAAGAUUGAGCCCUAUCAGCUCUUCCGGGGAGUGCUCCUAAAAGUGCAACAAGAAAACCCUCAGCUGUACUCUAGCCUUACGGCAAACCUCUCGGCCGACGAGCAAUCCGUCAUCCAAACCGCCAUCCACCAAGCCGAGGCCCACGCUCAGGCUGCUUUGCAGAUGGCAGCCCAGGCUGCACACAACCCGCAAGGAGUUCCCAACGGUGGCGCCAGAUGA